CAGCAGCAGCUCGAGGAGGAGGCUCCGCGCCGCCCGCCCGCUCACCAGCCCCCCCCCCGCCCCUCUUUCUGGCCCGGCCAUGGCUUCCCUGCUCUGCUGCGGGCCCAAGCUGGCCGCCUGCGGCAUCGUGCUCAGCGCCUGGGGCGUCAUCAUGCUGAUUCUCCUGGGGAUUUUCUUCAACGUGCACUCGGCUAUUCUCAUCGAAGACGUUCCCUUCACGGAGGAAGAUUUCAAGGACGGCCCGGACAGGAUCUACCGUCUCUACGAGCAAGUCAGCUACAACUGCUUCAUCGCGGCCGGGCUGUACGUGCUGCUCGGGGGCUUCUCCUUCUGCCAGGUCCGGCUGAACAAGCGGAAGGAGUACAUGGUGCGCUAGGACCUCGCCGGGGACAGCCGCCCCCUCCCCAGACCCGCCGGGCCCCUCGGCUCAUUCCAGCUCCUCCCCGGUGCCCCCUUUGCUCGGGACUCGCCCUGCCGGUGGGGGCACCCUCCCAGGACACUGCUGACCCCAGCCUGAAGGGAUUGUAAAGGUGGGGGGGGGUCUCCAGUUGUGGGGGGAGGGGGGUUGGGAGGUGUCAGUCUCCCUAUGGUGCUGUUGGGGCACAAGUGGGUCGUUGUCUGUGGGGCUGGCUCCCCCCCUCCUUGUGUGUGGCAGGAUCUGGGCUGGGGGGGGGUGGUGUCAUGUUCUGUGCUCCCCAGCAUGGGGUCCUCCCGCCGUCUCACUUUCCAAACCCACUCCGUUCCCUUCCCGGCAGUGAGGGGGUGGGGGUGGGGUGUGAGAUGCUGAACUGGGUCUGAUGGGGCGGGGGGGGGCUCCCCUGCCCUUCCCUUCCUUGCCGAGACCCCCCCCCACCCCAUUCCAGGUCUCGAUCUGUCUCCGUUUGUGUUGACUCUGGAAUUGGUUCCUGUGAAAUAAAACACGUUAGAUCCUC